CAUUUCGCAUCAAUUCAAGUGAAGUUUCUUUGCCGGGCGCAUUUCUAUAUAUCUGAAUAAACCAACACUUCUCGUGAUCAUCAAAAAUGCAUGGCCCACCUUUGAUCGGGCAUAGUGUGACAUUAUUUUCUAUAUUAUUAUUAUUGGAGUCACGAGCAUCGAUCGUCGUCCGAGCAGACUUGGCCAUCUACAUGGUUGAUGGGCAAAUCGUACCCGAUGUCCUGGACGAGGCCCCCAAGGAGCUGCUAUCGGUGAGCUACGGCGGUAAGCAGGUGCAAGUGGGCGAGGAAUAGACACCGACCGCCUGCAAAGACGCACCGACGAUCGACAUGCACUACGAUCCGGCCAAGUUUUACACACUGAUAAUGACCGACAUCGACGCGCCGAAACGCUCCAAGCCGAACUAUCGCGAGUUUCUCGGCUGGUGCGUCGUGAACAUACCCGGCGACCAAUUUGCCGCAGGCCAGGUCUUGGUCAAUUACUCGGGAAUAGGGCCGCCCAAGGAUAGUGGCGCGCAGCGUAUGUUAUUCACGCUGUACGAGAAACAAGGCAGCCAAGAAUUCGACGAAAAGUAUCUAGACAAUAGGCAGCUCGGCUGGCGCCUAUGGUUCUCGCAGCGAGAUUUCAGUAACAAGCACGGCAUGGCCAACUUUGGGCAGCCCGUGGCCGUCACGGUAAUAGUGGUCAGUUACGACCCAUACUCGGACGUGCUCAUGAACGAGUUCAUGAAGAGAUUGAGGAUGUAAUUGAGACCUCGACGGAUUGUGCCCGUAUAAAUAAACAC